UUAGACGGUGAUGAUCCGAUGAAGAGAGAUAGGCUCAUGAGAAGCUCAUCUUCGGUCUGACGGCGGCGCAUCCUCGAGCUGUUUCAGUUUGGAACGCAAGGAUACAGGUUAAGGAGCAUUCUCACGGCUGAUCCGUUCCGUUCGAUUAGACGGUGAUGAUCCAAGGAAUAGAUUGACUCGUGAGAGGCUCGUCUUCGCGCGCGCGCGCUCGUCGACUACCGUCUUCCCCCGAACACAGCGCAGCCUCAUUUUGGCUGUAUAUGGCCGGAAAUAUAGCUCGUAUACGGUCAUUUUUAGGGUGCGUUAUGUUCGGGGGAAGACGGUAGCACAUCGCGCUUGCCGUUCAGCUGUCAACUCUCUCGCUUCCAGGCGCGGUAUUGGCGUGUGCUCUCUCUCUCCCUACGUACAACUCGUUCUCGUGGAGCAUGUUAUUGCGAUUAUGUACAUCGCAGCUGUGAUAUGCCUGAUCUUCACUGUAUACUAUGUAUAUUCGACGAGAUGGAAAACACGAAAAGGACAAGAUUGCAAGGAGAAGAGUGUGGAUGUCUCAGAUGCAGAUAACCAGGAAGAAUCUGGUCGGGAUGGCGAGAAGGGAACGAUGCAAGAUCUCAUUGGAGGGGACCUUGGCCCAUCUGCACGCCGGACUGCUACCUCGUUGGCUGCGCCCCUUGGCUCCGCCUUCGCAACAUUCUUGGCAGAGGUGAGCGGGAAAGAAGCGUUGAACUCCGUGCGUGUGCCACGUCAGACACAGUGCCACGUAAGCAGUGCCACGUCAGACACAGUGCCACGUCAGCAGUGCCACGUCAGACACAGUGCCAUGUCAGCAGUGCCAUGUCAGACACAGUGCCACGUCAGCAGUGCCACGUCAGCAGUGCCACGUCAGCAGUGCCCCGCCACCAUGACGGGCGCAGCUUUGGGCAUGUCAGGCCAACUGGCCAAUGAGUCCAUUGCCGACUACAAAAAGUGCUUCCAGGCUCAGCUCGUUGCAAUCGAGGCUGAGGAACAACGCCAGCUGGCAGUCAAGGCUGCCCAGCUACAGGCUGAAGAAGCGGCAACAACAGAGAAGCUGCGGCUUCAGGCCGAAGCAGACGCAGAUACCCAGGCUCGCCGCAAGGAAGCCCAGGAUCUGCUGCUGCGGCAUGAAGCCAACAACAUCGACAGACUCAAGUUCUGGCACUUUGAACCGAACGGCGACGAACCAACAUCGGAAGAGAAGCAUAAGGAGUUCAUGGCCAAGCUCGUGACCAGGCUGGUUUACACAUGUAACCACCUGCAGUCCGAGCUGGCAAACCUUCAGCGGGCUGUGCGGAACCAUAAGACUCAGCAUGAGGAUGCCACACGGGCACUAGACGCCCGUGGCUGCUGUCCAGCCGCAAAGCAACAACAAGUCCCGCAACAAUGGGAAGGCGAAAUCCGCAUCGCACGCCGGAAAUGGACAACCAGUACAAGUUCCAUGGGUCAAGUUCGGCUAGACCGAGGCGGAGUACAAAGUCCGCGGCCGCUACGGCAGCUGCUAUUGGUGCAACAGCACCAAGCACAAGACCUCCCUGUGCCAGGAUCAGGGCAAGGAGGAUGUGCGACCCCGCCUCAGCUUGGGAAAUUGAGCUCCGCGGAAGGUGAGGUGACUCCACCUUCCACUCCGCCAGAUUCGGCCGCCUUGCUAGCAGUCUCCUGCACAUCUGGGGAGGACGCGAAUGUCGCAAGUUCUCAUUACUCUUACGAGGACUAUGCUGUCUACUUGGUUCCACCGCUGGACCAGCCGCUCCACGUGCAACAGUCCACCGCRUGCACGGUUUCAUCACCAUCGGCAACCGAUUCGGCACCUUYGCCGCAAUCUAUCGCCGGGGAUUCGACGUCAUGGUCAAGACUUGAUGAGCUCGACCCGUUGACGUUCACGGACUUCCAGUGGAUGCCCAUUCCCUCGACCGGACGAUUGCCGAAACCGCAUUGCAAUGGGCUCAUGGCACAACUGCGGGACUACUUGCACACUGCAGUACCAGCUCCGUUGAUGGACGGCGGAGUAAAGGUUGUCAACCUUCACGAGUACAUCGCGAAGAUUGACCGCGAGUUCAAGACGCAACGGUAUGACGACAUCGACGCACCAUUGCUAUACAUACGUAUUCAGAUUGGUGAGGCGACCUGCAGUGCCUUGAUCGAUUGCGGAGCAUCUCGCAACUACAUCAGCUAGGACUUCAUGGUGCGCGCCGGCCUUGGCCCACGUGUCCGGAGGAAGUCCCAGCCUA